AUGGAUCUUAACACUUCGUCUCAACUCAAUGCGGGAGGGAAAGUGUCUGCUCGGGAGAGCGGCGCAAACGAGUUCAGUCAACGCCCGAGUAACAACGGAAGAAGCGGCCACUCGGAUAAAACCAACAGUAGUCGCAGCAACUUGCCGAAGGGCAGACAAAACAGAAUUAAGAAGAGGAAGAGGCUGUCGAAGAACCAGCAACGUCAAGCUAUCAGCAACGGAAAUGGCAGCCUUCUUGGGAAACGCGAGGUCAUUUUGAAAAGCUCUGACGAAUAUCCGGACAUCAUAUUUGAAAAGACGGAAGUUGCAGCCAAUUUUGCAAAGACAGCAAGAAGCUCAGACGAGCAGUUGGUCCUCUUUGUAGAUGGUUCGGCUGGCGUCCGGACCCCUACGCCUUCGCCUCCCUCCUCUCCUGAUAUUUCUCCAUCGAGUUCACCUUCGCCCCCUCCUCAGCCUUACAGAAUGGAUGGGGGUGCAUCUGUCGUCUACAAUGAGGGAGAUAUCUGGGUGACUCUGGGAUUCGGCCUACCGGAUGUUGAGGGAUCCCGGGAGUCAGAGGUGCGUGCAAUCGAACAAGGUCUGCAGCUGGCCCUCGACAUGUUGAAGAGCCAAACUACAAAUAGAAGAAAGAUUAUCGUACUCAGUGACUGCCAGCACGCUGCGAGACUGGUUGCGAAGCAUAUCACUGGUAGGGCCGGACAUCCGAACUCUACCUGGGGCAGCAUGUCGAGGGCAGCGGCGGCAGCGGCGCGCAACGCACGCACGCUGCGACAGCUCGGCGUCGAGCUCAAGAUCUUGUGGACUCCAGGUCACUUGGGGGUUGAAGGAAACAAACUGGCGGACUGCAUUGCGUGUCACGCGCGCUCAUCUACUCAGGCGCUGUCCGACACCAAGGCACUCGAACUUGCCGGAAGGGUUGAAAGAAUGGCGAAUCCAUACGCUCGACGCUGA